CACUUAGCGCACUAUAUUGAUAAGCUCUAACGUCUAACAUCAUUACACUUGUUUGUGUGCUAAUUUAUUUAUUAAUUACUUACUUAAUUUGCACUCCUAAAAAUGCUACAGUUUCUUUAUCGAAUUUGCAAUAAACAGGCCAAGUCCGAAGAAGAGGAUCCAAAAAGCGUUAAAAGAAAACUACAAAUAUUACUUAAUGCCGUCGAUACAGGAGUCAUAGAAGACGUUAAGGAUGUAGUUAAUUGGUUCGAACAUGAUCUGGUGCGAAAUAAGCAGCUACUAGCAGAUCUGUAUGCCCCCGGCAGCGAAUGUAUUACGGAGCAUGAUGUGAUCAUCAGAGCUUGCGAGGCAAAACAGGAAAAUAUCCUGUACUACUUAUUGAAGGAGACCCAUUUCUUAGAUUACCUGGUGAACCCAAGCGUCAGCGAAAUAGAAGUGCACAACCAGAGAAAGAAAGCGAUCGAACUUGCGCUACGCCGCGAUGCUUUCUGUAUGGUCGAAAUAUUGUACGACCACUGGUGCGGCAACUUAUUUUGGAUAGGACACGACAUUCUUAAAUUGGAAGCCCUCGAAAAGUUGCUUAAAGACGCUAAACAAACUGCUGAAAAAAAUAAACACAACCAACAGAUGUGGAUUAACUAUCAUUGCCUCACAGAGUUUAAUACAUUUCAAAUAGAACUUUACAAAAAGCUUUCCAAGGAAUCUAGGGAAAACCCUCCUAAAGACAACACCCCUAAAGAAAUCACUCUUGCAACUUCACUAGCGGGUGUGCUAGAUAUUUAUAAUCAAUAUAAUAAGAAGGAUAUUAGGCUCCCUCACGAUUGUAAAAACGAUGAACUUAAAAUGCAACAGAAUUUUGAAGACCAGAGCAUAUAUUUUAAAGCGAAAUUUAACGUAAUGUACGAGGUAUAUUUUCGCAAGAUAGACUUUAAUGUGUCCCUGCUAAUAUUGGAGAAUUUGUUUUACCUCAGAAGAGAAUUAAAUCUAUUUUUGAACGGCUCAUAUCAAAACGAAGAAGAGUACAGUAAGAAAAAAAAAUAUGCAGAGUGGUACGAAGAAACUGAAAAUACGCUAUAUCACUUAGUCUACCGCACGAACGAAGACUGGAGGCUGUACCUAUCAAAGGACAGAGAAAUCAUCACGGAGAAAAAUCACUUGGGUCGAUACGAUGGUCGCGUACGAAAAAACCUACAAACUGAAAUUGAUUUCGAAAAAGUGAAAAGGGGGCCUUUUUUAUAUUUAGAAAGGGAAAACUUCAAAAUUAAUUUGGACAAACUAAAAGAAAUACUUACAUACUAUGAAAACUAUACCAGCCCAGUGACACAAAGCUCGGCUACAUCAGACUCGUCUGGAGCACCAAAGUCUUCUAAAAAAGAAAAAAAAGCAGCUUCUAAAAAAAAUGAAGAAACAGAAAAAGAAAAAAGAAAAGAAGUCCGAGAACGUAAAUGUAAAGGUAUGAGUUACCUAAGGUCAACUAUGUAUAUGAAUGAUCAUUAUUCAUUGCAAAAAAUAAUAAAUUACGUAGAAGCUAUCGAAAGAACAAAUGACCCUAGUGUGUUAAUGAUUGAGAGAGCCCUUCAAGUAAUCGGCGAAAUGACAAAAAAUACGGAGAAGUCUUAUCAUGUAUCAAAAUCUACAAAAGCUCUUCUACAAGUAUCACUAUCGGUGGAGACUAUCAAGCAGAUGAAUAACAUCAGGGAUUUCCUCUCCGACCAUAAAGACCUGACCGUGAGGACCAGCGCCGAGUACCAGGAUAUGCAAAUGUUCCUUAAUAUUGUCAAAGACUUGAAAGAAAUGAAGAAAACCUUUAUUUCGGUUCAUGAAAUUAAUAAAUGUAUACUUGAUAUAUCCUUAGUCGAAAAGGGCUUAAGCCUUUUAGAGAAACGAACUAAAGAAUGGCCCCGCCUCCCGAAAACACUAUCAGAAAUUCAAACCCAAUAUAAAACCAAUAAAAAUGGCUUGUUUUGCGAAGAAAAAUACUUUAUCCAACAAGUUUGGAAGCCCGCAGGUCUUACGAUUCAGCUUCUUAAAGAAAUAAUAUAUCUUCUGGAAAAUAAAGAUGACAUGUGCCAAAAAGUACAAGAAAUUAAAGAAACUCUCACUUGUAAGCUAGUUAAUAUGUUGCCCAGCAAUAUAGCUAAAAUAAGAAAGGCGAUAGACGAUCAUUCAAUCCAUUGGGAGUCUAUAAAAGAUAUGCUGAUGUUUAGUAUCAGCAACUGUAAACUAUUUGCGUCAUUACAUAAACUGUUUAAUGAAAAGGUAGAUAAUACGACUUUAUUAAUUAAUGCACGUGAGACAAUACAUGAAAUGGAAAAUAUAUGUAAUGCAAAAUUACGUCGUAAACAUGGCUUGAAUUUGGAAACUCCGUCAUUUAGUGGUAUACAAGCAAUUUAUAAUAUAACUUCCAAGGUCACUAAAAAACAAACAACAGAGAACACUGCACUGUUAUUUUUUUUUACUAGUAGACUAAAGUCACUCCACGAUUUAUUAGAAUAUCCAAAUAAGCCUAAUGACCAACUCAUUAAGAAAUGUAAGCAGGAUCCACAAUUUCGUAUGGAGCUGGAAAUGCUGAUGGCCGAUAUUGGCAACGUUUUAUCUAAGAAAACUAUCUACUGCAACAAAGAAAAGAGAAUCAUGACUAAAUCGACACAAUUGCUAAAGGGAUUGACCUGGGCAAUGUUCUGGAUCACGGAAAUCCGUUUCUCGAGAUGUUAGGUAGUUUCUUCGAUUCGCACGCGUUGGUAGAAGCGUAUUUAUCAAAAGCUAAAGAGAUUGCUGACGACAGACAAGCAAUUGAGGCUCUCUACGAACUAUUUAAAUCUAAUGUAGAUCCUUCAACUAUAGAAAAAGGUGAUCGGAACAAUAUGAAUGCUGAACAGAAGACUCAGUAUGAUUUGUUUCGAAAAUCAAAACAUUGGGAAACAUAUACAGCCUUACUUAUGAACGAGAAUUAAAUAAUAAGUAAUACUUAAGGGUUGUUUAAGAAAGAAUCUUACUUAUAACGUGGCUUAACUAAAUCAUUUUCUUAGCAAUGUCUUAAAUGAGCUGUCAAAUUGAGUAGCCUCACAGUAACUAUUAUAUAAUCUGUGGCCUCACACCCUUGUUUAACCCGCUAAUUAGCAAAAUGGCUGGAUUCUUACCAGCUGAUUUUUCAUUUCCGGUUUAUUGACUCAGCUCAACUUUUUAAUUUUAUAUUUUACGGAUGCCAUUGUUGCCAAUACACAACGUUUUGAUGACAAAUAUUUUUUUAAGCUGCCAACAUUCAGGUAGUGCUGAGAAAUUAGUAUGUUUUUAUGUCAUUAUCUGUUCAUUACUUAAGACAUGCUUAAUCACUACUUAAGGCUUUAAGUAGUAAUUAGGUAAAACAAUGCUUAGAAGAUGAUUAGUUGAUUUUUAUAAGUAAGGCUGUUAAAGUUUUAUUUGUCACAAAAAAGACUUAAAAGUAAAAGUGGCAGUCUUAUUACUGAAUUAAUAUGCAGAUAUAUUUAUCUCGUCACUGACCUCUAAGCCGAUGCCUCAUCACCUGUCACCCUAUAUUAUGAAAAUAGAAGUUUAAUAUUUCA